AUGGAAAACAUAUCUCAAUUCUUAACAUUUGUUAAAAAUUAUGGUGUACCAGAAGAUGAAGUUUUCCAAACAAUUGAUCUUUAUGAAUCAAAUGAUCCAACUAUUGUAUUACAAACUAUUGUAUCUUUUUCAAGAUAUGUUCAUAAAAAUCAACAAUCAAUACCAGUUAUUGGACCAAAAUUAAGUACAAAACAUUCACCUCCUAAAAUUCCUAAAAAGCCUAAACAUUUAAAUGAUUCUAAAUGGAGUUCAUUUGAAUAUGGUUAUAUUGGUGGUGCAAAUCAAUCAAAUGAAAAAGUAACAUUUGGUACUAAAAGAAAUAUAACAAAACAAUAA